AUGGUGGUCUCCACCGGUGACAACGUACUCCUCUGCAGUGGACCCAACCGGCAUAAUGCCCCGCAUGUCGCCAAAGUGACCGCACUCUUCCCUGAUUCCGAGACAGGCACCAAAAUGAUGGCCCUCAUGUGGUACUACCGUCCCGAAAGCCUCACUCCGCCGCGCCGAAACUGUGUGGAGUCCGAGCUGUUUGCCAGUCGCCAUUGUGACGUGAAUCCGGUGGACUGCAUUGAGGACCGCGCCUACGUCCUUUCAGCGGCCGCAUUUGCCCGGUUUAUGGCAAUUACAAAGUACAAAGAGGAGUGCCGAAAGCAUUGGCGCGCCGUUCUCGCAGUGCCUCCCCGUCGGAGCUCAGAGGGUUCACCUGAAUACGAUUAUCCUGUAAGUUUUGUCAUAUUCGGCUGCUCGCAGGAAUGCAUGUUAGGCUGUGACUGUUGGUUUGCAUUUGAUUGCAGUUUCUAUGUCCUAAGUCGCCUUGUCCUCGUCGUCGUCUAUUUAGGGGGUGAUAUUUUCCAGUGCUGUCAGUUCCACUUUGAACACCAGCGACCAUUUCACGAUCACAGGUGA